AUGGCCAAGCAGCCUCCCAGCGCUCCCACCAGCUACAUCCCGACGCAGCAGGCGGACGGAGCUGCGGGACUUACAACAAACAAAGCGGACAACACGGCUGCCUGCCCCCCGCCCGCGCCUCACCAUCACCCGGCGCCUCAGCCGCCGCCCCCCUGCAACGAGAGCAAAACUUUUUGUCCCACGGAAAAUAAACCGGGAGAAGCGGACAGCAAUAAAGCGUAUGGGACGUUUAAAAGUGCCCCGCCGCCCGUGCCUGGAGCCGUGGCUGCAAACUCGGCCUUUAGGAAGGAUUCCGCCGGAUCUGCCCGCGGGGUGGCCGCCCCUUACGGCGACCCGCUCCGGGCCACCACGGAGCAGAACAACGCCGUGGGCAACUGGACGGCUAUGAGCCAGACCACCAUCAUACUGGGAACAGAUGGGAACACGUCUGUGCAGCCCGGCACCGUGACGGGGUUUUGUUUGGACUCAUGUGUAGGGAAGGCCUUUAUUUUGAAUGAAAUGAUAUUUUUCUCCUCUCAGGCUGACGAUGAUGACGAGGGUGGAGAUGAGAAUAAGGCCAGAGGAAACUGGUCCAAUAAACUGGAUUUUAUUCUCUCCAUGGUUGGAUAUGCGGUGGGACUGGGGAACGUGUGGAGGUUUCCUUAUCUCGCCUUCCAAAAUGGUGGAGGAGCUUUUUUGAUCCCCUACCUAACUAUGCUGGGCAUUGCCGGGAUCCCAAUCUUCCUCCUGGAGGUUUCCCUGGGACAGUUUGCCAGCCAGGGGCCCGUCUCAGUGUGGAAAUGCAUCCCAGCUCUGCAAGGUUGCGGGAUUGCCAUGUUGAUAAUAUCUGUCUUGAUAGCCAUAUACUAUAACAUUAUAAUGUGCUGGACACUGUACUACCUGUUCGCUUCGUUGAAGGGCUCACUGCCAUGGGCUAACUGUAGGAAUGAGUGGAACACGGUGGAAUGUAAGGACAAAGACAUGCUGCUGUUAGACUCGUGUAUCCUGCGGGACAGAAACAUCACCUCCAUCAAGAACUCUACUUUCUGUCUGUCUGCAAACGCUGUGGGAAACCUGAGCAAACUGAUCAACAUGACUGUGGAUGGAAACAAGACCUAUGUCAGCCCCAGUGAGGAGUACUUCAAGUACAAUGUGUUGCACAUCUCUAAAGGAAUCGAGUAUCCAGGAGACAUCCGCUGGCCUCUGGCGGCUGCUCUUUUCCUGGCCUGGCUCAUCGUCUAUGCUUCUUUAGCCAAAGGAAUCAAGUCAUCAGGAAAGGUUGUCUAUUUCACAGCCACUUUCCCCUAUGUGGUGCUGGUCAUUCUGCUGAUCAGAGGGGUGACCCUCCCUGGUGCCUUUGACGGCAUCCUUUACUUUAUCACACCAAAGUGGGAGAAACUGAAUGAUGCAAAGGUGUGGAAAGAUGCAGCCACUCAGAUCUUCUUCUCUCUGUCGGCUGCUUGGGGAGGCCUCAUCACUCUGUCCUCCUACAAUAAGUUUCACAAUAACUGCUACAGGGAUACGAUUAUUGUGACAUGUACAAACAGUGCCACCAGUAUAUUUGCUGGGUUUGUCAUCUUCUCAGUCAUUGGUUUCAUGGCACAUGAGUUGAAAGUGCCGAUAGAGCAGGUGGCAGAUGAAGGCCCAGGCAUAGCGUUCGUGGUGUAUCCAGAGGCUUUGACCAGACUCCCCCUCUCUCCCUUCUGGGCGAUCAUCUUCUUCCUCAUGCUCCUGACUCUUGGCCUGGAUACCAUGUUUGCCACCAUCGAGACCAUUGUGACCUCUGUGUCAGACGAGUUCCCUAAAUACCUGAGGAAACACAAACCUCUGUUCACCCUGGUCUGCUGCGUCUCCUUCUUCAUCCUGGGAUUUCCCAUGAUCACGGAGAGUGGGAUGUACAUGCUGCAGCUGGUCGACACAUUCGCAGCCUCCUACUCUCUGGUCAUCAUUGCUAUCUUUGAGCUGGUGGGGAUUUCCUACCUCUAUGGUCUGCAGAGAUUUUGUGAGGACAUUGAAAUGAUGAUUGGUUUCCAGCCAAACCGAUUCUGGAGGAUCUGCUGGGCCUUUGUGACUCCGACCAUUCUGACGGGCAUCUUGGGUCUGAGUCUGUACCAGUGGAAGGUGAUGACGUACGAGGACUACACCUACCCCACCUGGUCCAUGGUUCUGGGCUGGCUCAUGGUCAUCUGCUCCGUCAUCUGGAUUCCCAUCAUGUUCUUCAUUAAGAUGCACCUCGCACCAGGCACCAUCAGUGAGCGUCUGAAGCUGGUCUGUGCUCCACAGCCUGACUGGGGUCCAUUCUUGAUGAAGCAUCGUGGCGAACGCUACAAGAACAUGAUCGACCCUCUGGGAACCAACUCACUGGGCCUCAAACUGCCCCCCAAAGACUUUCAGCUGGGCUCCUAUCAGUAG